AUGGCAGUAGAAAAGAAAGAAGAGAUGGAAGAACUUUCAUAUGCAAUGGCUUUGGGGUGUCUCAUGCAUGUCAUGGUUAGCACAAGACCAGACAUUGCUCAUGCUUUAAGCAUAUUGAGUAGGUUCAUGUCAAAUCCUGGGAUAAACUAUUGGAGGGCACUCAAAUGGUUGCUGAGAUAUUUGAGAGGGACAUUGGAUAUUGGAUUGACUUACAAGAGAGUUUUAGAGAAAGUAACACUGAAAGGAUAUGUUGAUGAUGAUUAUACAUCAAGCAAGGAUACUAGGAGGUCUACUACCUCUUAUGUGUUUCAACUAAUGGAGAUUAAUCCAGUUUAUCACGAGAAGACAAAACACAUUGAUAUUCGGUUGUUUUGGAUAAGGGAGAAGAUAGAAGAAGAAGUAAUCGAGCUGGAGAAAGAGAAGUCAGAAGAGAACCCUACUGAUAUUGGCACUAAGGUGUUACCAGUUAGUAAGCUCAAGCAUUGCUUGGACUUACUCAACCUUAUUUGUAAGAAGCUACAUAUGAAAGCACUACCACCUUUAUUGGACAGAUAUGCUUAG